AUGCUUAACAAAGGCUUCACGGCAACGAAAAUAAUAGGAAGAAGGUGUUUCCAGUGGUGGGAUAAUCUGAACACGUCUUGGAAAUUCGCAAUCGGCUUUUCAGUUCUUUUCCCACCCCUCUGGAAUUACAAUGAAAGAAGAAAGGCAAGAGAAAAACAGGUGUACUACAAUAAAUCGAUAAAAGAUUACGUGUUUUUUGACAUAGCUAUAGAAAAUAAAUAUAUAGGAAGAGUCUUGAUAGGGUUAUACUCUGACCAAGUACCUCUAUCAGUUGAAAAUUUUAUUCAACUUGCAGAGGGGUACAAAGUUAAAGACAAAUAUAUUGGAUACAGAAACACCUUCAUUCAUAAAAUUUACCCAGGAAUUGGGCUAGUAGGAGGAAAUGUGUUAAACGAUAAGGAAGGCCUAAGUAUUUAUGGCAAGAAAUUCCCUGAUGAAAAUUUCGACAUGGAAUUUGUACAAGACGGUGACGUGGCAUUGUUUAAUGAAGGCCCACAUAGCAACUCUUCUCAGUUUAUUAUAACCUUUUCCCCAAUGCCAAUAUUACACAAGCACAAUGUAGUUAUUGGCACUGUUUUGAAAGGGAUGGAUAUAAUUCGGAUGAUUGAAAAUGUGGGAACCAAGUUAGGAAAUCCCAUGUAUAACGUAAAAAUUAUUAACUGUGGUUUGUACAAAAGCUUGGAACAGCAUGGCCCUCCUUUUUUCAACAUGAUGCAUAUCUCGGACAGGGGCAACAGAAAUAUUAUUUCCAAAAAGGAGUUUGAAAAUUUGUCUGAACAACAGAGACAGUCCUUAAUGGAAGAAAUUGGCAAAUCGGAAAAAAGCGGAUAA